AUGGGGGUGAAGCUUGCCCAGCAGUCUCUGGUCGACCCGGAGGUCUGCAGGGGCAUGCAGCAGCGAAUCCUGGAGCGACGCCUCCGAGUGGCGUCGACGCCUAACGACGACCCGUGUCUCUCGGCUGCCCAACCGAGCGAGCAGAGGUCUUCCGCCUCCGCUUUACCGGGCGGCUCCUGGGCGGACUUCAUGGACGUUAACUCCCCCCUGCCUCCUUUGUUCGACGACCAGUUGUUGGACGAAGGUCAGGUCGGAGCGGAGGAGGAUGAUGAUGAUGAGGCGUUCGCGCACCUCCUCGGUGAGAACGAGGACGACGAGGAGGAUGGCGUUCACCCGCUAACCCAAGCUAGCAGACCAGCUAGCGCUGCUAGCGGCAGCCCCGUUCAGGCGGAUUUCAGCCUCCUCGAGGUCUGCAGGAGAGCCGCAGCGAAGCUCAAAAUUGACUGGCCUGCCCCGCAGAACGAUGCAGGGGCAGCGAGAGACAUUUUCGAUGGUAAACGCCUGCCCUCGCGAGCUCCGUCAGCGAAACAACUCCUCCCCGCUGUCCCGGCGUGUGUGGCCGAGAUGAAGCGUUUCUGGGACAAACCCUUUUCCCAUCGGGUGCCUGUCAAAGGUUUCUCCGUAGUGGACGUUCAGGGGAUGGACGAGCUUGGGCUUUCCGCCCCUCCGGCGGUCGAGGCGUCCGUCGCCCAUCAUCUGCACCCGACCUGGAGAACCUCACUCUCCGUGGGUAACCUGACCCUGCCUGAGAAAAUGGACCGCUUCACGGCGUCCAUCUAUCAGAAGAUUUAUAAGUCGUCUAGCCUGGCCGUCAGGGCCCUCAACGCUACCACUCUUCUAACAGCCUACCAGGCUGAGCUGCUGGACGAGAUGGAGUCUCAGCUGGACUCCGGCACCCCGAAUCCAGCUCUUUGGGAGGAGAUAUGCUACAUUACGGACCUGAAUCUCCGCACCUCUCGCGGCGCCAUCCAAAGCUGCGGCCGCACCAUGGGUCUGGCUGUCGUGGGGGAGAGGUCGUUGUGGCUAAAUCUAUCGACCCUAAACGACAAGGAAAAGGUGGAUCUCCUCGAUGCUGCCGUCGACCCGAAAGUGCUUUUCGGCCCCGCAAUCGCUGCUAUGCGCACGAAGUGUGACCUGCAGAAGGAGAACGAGGCGUUUGAUGUUUGCCUGCCUCGCAAACCGGCACCCCGCCCCGCCUCGGCUCGCGCUCCUGCGCCACCCCCGCAGCAGCCGAGGAGCUUCCAGCAGCCGGCCAGGGCACCCAGGCCCCAGCAGGCUGAGCAGCAGGCCGCGGGCAACCAGCCGAGGGCGUCAGGCCCGAGGUCUUGGGCGAGGAAUUCCUUCUCCGCGGCCGCCGCCAGGCACCGACCUGGCAACCCUCAGGGGAACAAGAAGAGGCGAGAGACACCUAAGUAUCUCGGGGAGGGCGCUCCAACACAACAAAUGAAACACAUAGGCCCCCUUGCGCCUCGUAUAGAGGCUUGGCUUGCGUGCGGAGCUCACCCUUGGGUACUCUCCACCGUAUUAAAAGGCCUUCGGUUACAACUAAUAAGGAGGCCACCUCCGUUCAACGGAAUUUUAGCUUCAGUGGCCCAGGGCGAAUCAGCUCGGGUUCUGGAAGCCGAAAUAGCUUCCCUUUUAGAAAAGGGCGCUAUACAAAAAGUCCCGGAGGGGGAAACGAGGAAGGGUCAUUACUCCCGUUACUUCCUGGUUCCCAAACGGGACGGGGGGCUUCACCCUAUCCUCGAUUUACGUAUUCUGAACGGUCAUUUAAGAAAAUUCACCUUCAGAAUGCUCACUCACAAAGCACUGUUCAGCUCUAUCCGGCCAGGGGACUGGUUCACUACGGUAGACCUGAAGGACGCAUAUUUUCACAUAGGCGUGCUACCCGCGCACCGAAAAUAUCUGAGGUUUGCAUAUCAGGGCACGGCUUACGAGUACCUACAGGUCCCAUUCGGGUAUGCACUCGCGCCCAGAUGUUUUACCAAAUGCAUCGAGGCGGCUCUAACUCCGCUGAGACGCUCGGGGCUCAGAAUAUCAGCAUUUAUAGACGAUUAUCUCCUAUGCUGUUCAACCAAAGCGCAGUCGGAGCGAGACACGGCUCUUCUCGUCUCCCACCUAAAUCUAGGUUUCAACAUCAAUCUCAAAAAGAGUUGUUUGAUUCCCUGCCAAAGGAUCCAGAUAAAUUCUAUUUCCUAUCGCGCUAUACUGUCACAGAGACGCGUCGAUUCAUUUCGGCAAAGUCUGUCUCAAUUCCGCGACGGAGGGCAUGUUCCAUUCAGAGCUUGCCUUCGUCUAGCUGGCCUGAUGGCUUCGACCCUGGCUGUCGUUCCGUUGGGGCUAUUGAGAAUGAGGGACUUUCAGCGUUGGAUUCUAACGCUACGUCUCUGCCCACGGAGGCAUCUACGCCGCACAGUGCCGGUCACUGCGCAAUGUCUCGCAGCCUUGCACUGGUGGCGGGACCCCGCGAUCUUCCUCACAGGGACCCCCCUGGGCAUGGUGUCUCUGAGGAAAGUGGUAACUACAGACGCUUCCCUGACAGGCUGGGGAGCGGUGUACGAAGGCAGAGCGGUGAACGGCGUCUGGCCUCUGCACCUCCGCAGCCACCACAUAAACGCCCUGGAGCUGAUGGCAGUGAUUUUGGCGUUAAAACACUUUCUCCCCCUCAUCCGCAACUGUCAUGUUUUGAUCAGGUCGGACAACACAACCGUGGUCGCUUACAUCAACAGACAGGGCGGAACGCGCUCCCCGCAGCUUCACAAGCUGGCGCGCGGUCUUGUGCUGUGGUGCAGCGUGCAUCUGGCAUCGAUACGCGCCACACACGUCCCGGGAGUCCUGAACAGUGGAGCAGAUCUCCUCUCCAGGGGGAACCCUCUGUACGGAGAGUGGAGGCUUCAUCCUCAGGUGGUCGAGAUGAUUUGGGAGAGGUUCGGCAAAGCUGCCGUAGAUCUCUUCGCCUCGCACGUAAGCGCGCACUGUCCCCUCUACUUCUCGCUGGCGGACACAGAUGCGCCUUUGGGUGUGGACGCUCUGGCUCACCCGUGGCCAAACGUGCUGCUUUAUGCGUUUCCUCCAAUGAGUCUCAUCUCAUCUCACCCACGCUCGCGAUGUUGCUAA